AUGAGCAAGCACGACCAGGCAUUUGCUUGGAAUGAUUCGGAACGCGGUCGUUUCCGGAAGGAUUUCUUCCCCCCCAUUGAAUUUCCGGUACUACCUCAUACGCCGUGGAUACAGAAGAAUAUUCCCAUUCCGCCAGGAAUCUACAACGAAGUCUGUGCGGUAAUUAAGAAGAAGAUC